AUUGUGCCUAUGCUAUCUCCACAAGCAGAGAAUCAGAUGAUGGAUACACAACCUCACACUGACAUGGCGCAGCAAAGAGGAUUCACACUGUUCAUGAGAUGGCUACUUCUCUUACUUAUUAUUAGUGAAGUUCCCUUUGCUAGAUGUCAGAAGACUUCUUAUGUACUGCCAGUUGAUUGCACUUUUAAUGGUACCCAAGCCAUGUAUGCUCAAAUUAACAACGCUCUCUGGAGUAAUGAAAUGCGACCUGUUACAUACCCGAGCGAUGUUCUAACUGUUAAACUGGGGAUGAGUGUUGCUGGUAUCCUGGGUGUGGAUGAAAAGCAGCAGGUCAUGACAGCAUUUAUUAUAACAACACUGGACUGGACUGUGCCAUUUCUGAGCUGGAACAACACUGAAUGUGGAUUUGAUAAUAUUUCUUACCCAGCAUCCGAGCUGUGGUUGCCAAGUAUACAAAUAGCUGAGCAUAUGGAUCAAGAAACAAACAUUGACAUACCCUACCUUCAGCUCAAUUACACUGGCGGGGUUCAUUUUGUUCAACUCAAAAGAGUUACUGCCUCGUGUCAAAUGGACAUCUACAAGUUUCCUUUUGAUGUCCAGAACUGCUCGCUUACUUUCCAUUCCUACUUGCAUGAAGAAAAUGAACUGAAGCUGAUGUCUAAACCGGCCGCGUUUAUAUUUGACUUAUCUGUUCACUCUGAUUCGGGAUGGAGAUUUGUCAGUGUGACAGAACUUAUUUCCACUACUACGUUUACCAGCAAAAGGACCUUUUCUUCUGUUAAAUAUGGUAUACUCCUUAAACGUGAGGCCAGUCUCUAUGUAGUGAACCUCCUGGUCCCCAGCUGCUUCCUGAGUCUGUUGGACCUGUUCAGCUUCUUCCUGCCUCCUGAAAAUGUUGAUCGCUCUGCUUUCAAAAUGACUCUCAUCCUGGGCUAUACUGUCUUUCUGCUCAUCACUAAUGACCUCCUGCCUGAUAGCGCUUCACAUGCGGCCCUUAUAAAUGUCUUUUUCUCUUUCAGCUUGGCUCUGAUGGUGGCCAGCCUUUUGGAGGCAAUGUUCAUUGUUAACCUCAGUAACAACUCCAAACAUUACCACAGAGUACCCCGGUGGCUCCACAUCCUCAUUCUGGACUUCCUCGCUCGCCUCCUGUGCAUGUCUCCUAAACCUCCUGCUGCUCGGGUCACAGUGACUUUAAACCCACAUGCGGAGGGGAGGCUGGACAUGCCAGGUGAAGCAACGAUACCUGCUGAAACUAGAGAAAUGGAGAUGAUAGAGGGUGUAGCCAUGGUGGAUGAGCUGAAGAAAGUGGCCCGAGACGUGCUGACCAUUCGACUGAGAUUGGAAGAACACCUGAGCCCUAAAGAGAACGACUGGAAGCUGAUUGCAGAUGUUAUUGACCGACUCCUGUUUCGGCUCUACCUCCUCUUUGUGAUUGUGUCCUACAUCACCAUACUCGUUUUGUGGCUCAAACACUGAAUGGAACACACUGAGUAGGAAUAACACAAUAUUAUAACCCACACCAACCAUCCACCAUACACUGUUCUUAAAGUUGUAUCAGUGUUGCUUCAGUAGAGAAAGAUCAAUGGUGGCAGUUCAUAUUAAAUGUAAUGUUCAGCAUAAAUGAUGAACCUCAGCUUUAAUACAUUAUCAGUGACAUUAACAAUGUGGAGAUCAGUAGGUUUUCAAUUUUUCACCUGAUUUUCAGUCCUAAAGUAAAUAAACACCAGCUAAUGCAGGUGUAGUUAACAUUUAAACAAAUGACAACUGAUACAAACAUUCAGUAAUACAAAAAUAAAGUUGUUCACCCUACUGAAUUUUGGGGAAUUUUAACUACAGCAGUAAAUAAUGCUUAAUUAAAUCAUAAUGUCAGUCUCUCUCUCACACACACACACACACACAAAGAUAAAAUUACAUACUUAUGUCGUCCAAAUAUAAAUAGUGUAACUACGAAAAUCACAAGAUAUAAAAAAUUUCUUUAAAAUUAAUUUCUUCUUCAAUGCACCUUAGAAACAAGCCACAAUUUUUUUUGUUGUUGUUGUUUAAUUGUGUAAGCAGGUCUAAACAGAAUGUCCAUACUCUUAUCAUCCAUCCUUAACAUCCAAAGGUCCACAGAUAACAUUUUUCCAAUACAUUGCAAUCGAACUUGAAGUGAACGGAAUUGAAAAAAAUCAUGACUUAUCAAUAACUGAAUGACUUAUUAAUUAUUAAUAACUGUUCAAAUUGUUUGUCAUGUUUGAGCUUUAAAAAAAUGAACCAAAUGAAAGAAAGGGUCUUCCACUGUCACUUUCCAACAUUGGCUAAUA